AUGCGGUUUCUGCCCCAUCGUAGCUCCACAGAUCAGUGGAGCACACACUGCUACGUGCUAUGUUUGUUCCUCCUCAUCAACUGCUUUGGACCAGCUUCUCCCCUUUAUGCUCCUCCCGCGCCAACAGGUCUCCUCUCUGCUUUCUCUGCCACGCAAACCAGUAGCGUGGUGGGAGGCAAGCAGAAGGCAGUGACCUUCAACAGGCUCGUGGUCAACAUUGGAGGGGAUUUCAAUCCAGACACUGGCCAUUUCCGCUGUCGCAUCCCGGGGGCUUACUAUUUCUCCUUCUCUGUGGGGAAAUUUCCCAAAAAAAUGCUUUCUGUCAUUCUGGUGAAGAACGGAGAGGAGGUGCAGGCUAUAGCUUAUGACGACUUCCGCAAGAAAGGGAGAAAAGUUCAGAGCCAAAGUCUCAUGAUCGGUUUGAAGAAAAUGGACAUAGUGUGGUUGCGUUUGCAGCCUAGCCCCCAGUAUGCUUUGUACAGCAACGCUGGGCCUUACAUCACCUUCUCAGGUUACCUGGUCUAUCCUGAUGCCAUGGCAACCAGCUACAUCAGCAACCACUUGUCUACACCUGCUCUACCCUACCCAAACUGUCCACCUCAGGUCAGAGGCCAGAGAGAGCAGCCACGGUCUGCCUUCUCAGUAGCACGGACAUCAACCCUCAUGGGUUACAGCAGCUGGACACAAGAAAAGCCACCAAUCACCUUUGAUGUAGAAUAUGUCAACAUAGGGGGCCAUUUCAACAAAACCUCUGGCCGCUUCACCUGCCACUUCCCAGGGGUGUACUUCUUCGCCUUCACUGUGGGGAAACACCCUCGUAGGGCUGUUUCAGUGAAGCUGAUGACCGGGAAGGGCGAGGUGCAGGCAAUGGUGUUUGAUGAUGACACAUCAAAGAGAAGGGAAAUGCAGAGUCAGAGUUUGUUGCUGUCUCUCAGCAGGGGCGACAGUGUGUGGCUGUACAGUCAACAGGAUGAGCGCUUUGCUGUUUACAGCAACCAGGGCAGGUACACCACGUUCUCAGGCUUCCUGGUUUAUCCAGAUACAGAAACACCUGCCACCAGCCGGGACAGAGGACACCUAUAA